AUGAAGCGAGUGCGGGUGCAGAGACUCGCAGGGCAAUUGCUGCCGCCAGUGGCUGCCCGGCCUCUGCCCUCGUGCGCAUUCCACUCUUCCGCCUCGGCCGUGCCACCACGCGCUGCCGGUCCCACGAGCACAUCCACCCCCUCGCCGCUAUCCACGUCUACCUCCCGCCUCUCCCCCCGCAACCUAUCUGCCGCCUCGAGCCGCCCAGCAGCAAGGCAACACUCCACAUCCUCCUCUGCCGCCGCCUCCUCCUCAUCAGUAGAAAACGCCAGCGGCUUCACAUCACCCUAUGGCGCCUUUGGCGGCGGCUCGGCCGCUACCUUUAUGACCACAGAUGCCGCCAGCGAGACGAUCACACCCGGGCUCGGCCCCAGCGCCAACCCCCGCUUCCCCGAACUGUCCCCGGACGCUGCCACGGCGCCCGCCUAUCCCUCGCCGCUCCCGGCGCGCGCGCGCCAGUCCGCCAAGCUGGCCGCCCUGCACGCGCGUCUGGGCUUGUCGCAGCGCCUGCCGCUCGAGACGCUCGCCCGCGCCCUCGUCGACGCCUCGGCCGACCCCAGCCCGCGCUUCAACAACUCCAACCUCGCCUAUCUGGGCACCACGUUGAUGCAUUACCACGUCAGCGAGUGGCUGCUGGUCAAGUACCCGCGCCUGCCCAUGGUCAUCCUGUACGGCGCCCUCAAGGCCUUUGCCGGCCCGCAGGCGCUGGCCGACAUUGCGCGGCAGUGGGGCAUCGAGCAGGCGGCGGCGCCGGGCGCCGAGGUCGACCCGGGCCUGCUGCAGUACUCGCUGCUGGCGGACCGCCACGUCGUGGGCCGGUGGGGCUACGAGCGCAAGGAGGCCCAGAACGUCAAGAAGUACAAGUGGCGCCACGGCAUCAGCAGCCGCGUCGUGCUGGACGACGACUUUGGCGACAUGGUCCAGCGGGGCCCGGCCGCUGCGGGCGACGUCGUCCCCGCCGACGUCCCCGCCGACUACGACGCGUCGGCGGCCACCCUCGGCGGCAGCAUGGACGCCGCCACAAAGACGCGCUUGGCCGACGACGCGCAUGCCAACGCCGUGCGCGCCGUCGUCGGCGCCGUCUACGCCCACGGCGGCCGCGAGACGGUGCGCUCGUUUGUGCGCGCCCACGUGCUGUCGCGCCAGCUCCACCUCGAGCGCCUGUUCCGCUUCAAGCUGCCCACGCGCGAGCUGACGUACCUGUGCGCGCGCGAGAACUUUGAGCCGCCGGUCGCGCGGCUCGAGUCCGAGACCGGCCGCCUGUCGCGCACGCCCGUCUUUGUCGUCGGCAUCUACAGCGGCGCCGACAAGCUGGGCGAGGGCGCCGGCGCCAGCCUCGACCAGGCGCGCCAAAAGGCCGCGAUGAACGCCCUCAAGGCCUGGUACCUCUACAGCCCCGGCGAGAACGUGCGCGUGCCCAGCGACACGCUGCUGGAGGGCGCGCUGCCGUGGGAGCCGGCCUACAUUGACAUUGGCGAGAUUUUGUAG